CACAUAUUUUGUAGGGAGAAGCGCUUAUGGUGAAUAUUUGCGUGUGCCGACACGAAUUGGAGGAAGAAAUUGUGGUGCCGUCCGAGAUACUAGCGGCUCUGACUAUGUUCCACCAGUAGUGUCCCAAAACCAAGGAUGUCUGGGUGAUACAGACAGCUCACAGCUAUAACUGUUUCUCCAAGAUGCUAGCGCCGCACUGAGGUGCCACAUGUGUUGUAUGCAGGAUCAGCAUGUCCAAUUCGGGCUCGAACCCUGCCCCUACUGGUGGUGAGAGUGAGCUGGCCCUCCCUGUGGCCGCCAUCGUGUGUCUGGCCGUCGUCGGCUACGUGGUGCUGAUCGUCAUCAUCGUUGUUGUCAGAUACUUCCUCGUGUCGCGGGGUAUAUGUGAGUGUGGGUCGUGGUGCGCCAAGACCGAUGAGGAUGCACAGAGCUGCGGGUGUUGUGCUGAGUUGGCAGAAUGUUGUAACUGCUGCAAGAGUCCCAACAUGACGUCAUGUCUCGACUCCAUUUGCCCCAACAGAAAGGAUGCCCAGGCUUGCUGUCAGAGGAUGGGGUGUAUUGAGCUUCUACUAUGCCAGUGCUGUGGAAGCAGUGGGGCUGAAGGCGUGUGUGCAAGCUGCUAUGAGUACGGCAACCAAACACAGCGUGGGCCUUGAGUGAUCUCCCCUGAAUAUUGUCCACACACUUCCCUUGCAUGUGGCCUCUGUCGUGCGUGUUUAUUGUGCAGCUGUGUGCCUGACUGUCCCCCAUGUCCACGCCCCUCGGAUCAUCCAACCAUCACCUGCCUCUGUCUCACCAUCCAUAUCAACAUG